GGGCGGCGGCGGCGGAGCGGCCUGGGGAGCGGCGGGCGGCGCCUGGCCCGGCCUGCGCGCGCCGCGGGCGUCCAUGGCGCGCGGGCCCCGGCGGGGCGCGGCCGCGGCCUGAGGGGCCAUGUCCGGGGUGGUGCGCACCCUCAGCCGCUGCCUGCUGCCGGCGGAGGCCGGGGCCCGCGAGCGCAGGGCGGGCGCGGCGCGCGACGCGGAGCGCGAGGCCCGGAGGCGCAGCCGCGACAUCGACGCGCUGCUGGCCCGCGAGCGGCGCGCCGUGCGGCGCCUGGUCAAGAUCCUGCUGCUGGGCGCCGGCGAGAGCGGCAAGUCCACCUUCCUCAAGCAGAUGCGCAUCAUCCACGGCCGCGAAUUCGACCAGAAGGCUCUGCUGGAGUUCCGUGACACCAUCUUCGACAACAUCCUCAAGGGCUCACGGGUGCUCGUCGAUGCGCGGGACAAGCUUGGCAUCCCUUGGCAGCACUCCGAAAACGAGAAGCAUGGGAUGUUCUUGAUGGCCUUCGAGAACAAGGCGGGGCUGCCCGUGGAGCCCGCCACCUUCCAGCUCUAUGUGCCAGCCCUGAGCGCGCUCUGGAGGGACUCGGGGAUCAGAGAGGCUUUCAGCCGCAGGAGUGAGUUCCAGCUGGGUGAAUCAGUGAAGUACUUCCUGGAUAACCUGGACCGGAUUGGCCAGCUGAACUACUUCCCUAGUAAGCAAGACAUCUUGCUGGCCCGGAAGGCCACCAAGGGGAUUGUGGAACAUGACUUCGUUAUUAAAAAAAUCCCUUUUAAGAUGGUGGAUGUGGGCGGCCAGCGUUCUCAGCGCCAAAAGUGGUUCCAGUGCUUUGAUGGGAUCACGUCCAUCCUGUUCAUGGUGUCCUCUAGCGAAUACGACCAGGUCCUCAUGGAGGACAGGCGCACCAACCGGCUGGUGGAGUCGAUGAACAUCUUUGAGACCAUCGUCAACAACAAGCUCUUCUUCAAUGUCUCCAUAAUUCUUUUCCUUAAUAAGAUGGACCUCCUGGUGGAGAAGGUGAAGACGGUCAGCAUCAAGAAGCACUUCCCAGAUUUCAAGGGUGACCCUCACCGACUGGAGGACGUCCAGCGCUACCUGGUCCAGUGUUUUGAUAGAAAGAGACGAAACCGCAGCAAGCCACUGUUCCACCACUUCACCACCGCCAUAGACACCGAGAACAUCCGCUUCGUGUUCCACGCUGUGAAGGACACGAUCCUGCAGGAGAACCUGAAGGACAUCAUGCUGCAGUGAGAGGAAGCCCCCUGUGCCUUUCUGAGGCAGCCUGUGUGGCCCUUGGCACUUGUGGCCUGUGUGGUCCUGCAGGGCUUCUCAGACCCAUGCUGUCAUAUACCUGGCUCAAGAAUGCUGGGCUCCAGCCCAGCCACGAGCUCUAGGCAAGAGGACGUGGGAACUCCAUGUUAGCUACUGAUUUGGGGACUAGUGAAACUACUGAAAAUCCAAGUGCUCACUUUGGUGUUAAUCUGCAAUACCUAAUAACACAGCCCUCUUUUUACAGGAACUGUAUUCCUUUCCUGACACAAUUUAAUCGAGGAUGGUGUGUGCACACACAUUCUCUCUUUAAUGACUAAAACACAAAAACCAGCUGGCCUUGCAGAUGGCUUUUCUCUCUAACCUCUGAGUCUUCACCGAGACAGACUAACCCAAAAGCUUUGCCUCGCGGUAGCUUGUAGCGAUGCGUGCCAGGGCUGCUGGGCACAGAGUGCCUGAGCUGGCCCUGCAGCUCUGGCUCAGGGUCUGAGUGCCACUUCCCAGGUGAACACACUGCCUUUAAGACUUGUGCCAAGGUCUCUGCUCCCCUCCGUGGAGGACGAGGUUGAGAGCCAUGGACCUGCCUUAAUGCCCCAGCAGCAGCGUGGAGCAGGGGUAGCCUGAGCCACAGCUGUCACUCUGUCCACAUGCACACAGUGGUGCUUUUUACUUCUUGCCCUUCCCUCCCCACCUAAUGGCACAAAGACACAUAAACCAAGUGGCCUUGCAGAUGGCUUCUCCAUCUUACUUGCAAGUCAUCUUCUGACCCAACAGUUGCCGGCAUGUGGAGUUUCCUUCUUUGGGAAAUAACAGGGAUCUUCUCCUUCUGGGCUUCCGGAAGCUGGCAAGGAUACUGCUGCAGCCUUUGUUCCUGCCACAGCUGCUCGGGGGUUCUGUCAGCUGGCCUUCAUGUAGCCCGCAGACCCCAGAGAAAUCUGGCUUCUGCAGAUGGCCAGAUUUCUGCCUACCUGCCAGAGCCUUUGGGCAGUGGCUUCUUUCCACCUCAGUCCUGCCAGGCCUCUUGCUUCUGUUCCUGCUCAAGAGAGCAGCAGGUGCCCUCAGCCUGCCCACUCGCCCAGGGGAAGUGCGGUGUUGACGGGCUGGUACACCUAAGGUACCUCCAGGGACUCGCUGUGUUCAGAACGCCUUGCACUCCACACCGCCCCUCUGAGCAUCAGGGGUGGGGUGGACAGCUUUUCUUGGCACUUAAAACACAAGUAAAAGUGGCACCAGUGUCACUGUGGUUUACUAACAUCUGAGAGCCCUGUCCUGACGCCACACUGCUCCUGACUGUGGUGUCCCUUUUGCCUCAUGCUUGGCUCAUUUCAACAACCAGAUAAUAUGAAUCUCGUGGCAGAUGCUAAACCAGAGAGGCAGGAAAAGCCUGCUUGAAUCGUCCUGUUACCACCACACUUCACUUAUGAGACAACAUGGGACUCUCCCUCACAGUGCUCGAGGGUCUGUGUCCAAGUCUGCUGGGUUUUGUCCCUUUCCUUUGGCCCAAAAGAAGUAGUUGCUGUUUUUGUGCUGUUUCCUGUAACUCUUCAAAGCUGACGGGAUGUGACCCAGGUGUCACAUAGUGCUGAUGGCCUUAUGUAGACAAGAUGAGCAGCCUUGGCAGGGCUCAUCAGGAUGACUCAGGUCACAUCUUCAGUUGGGCACAGUGAAGAGGGGCGUGGUUCAUGGCACAGGUUGCUUUCCUUGCCUGCCCAGUUUUCUGUGUGCCUCACGUCUGUUAGGAUCGAGAGCCCAGACGGGAGCAAGCCAUUCUCCACGACGUUGGGUGCUCUCCCUGGCGCUCGGGGCUGAUGCCACAGCGACUGGGGUAACAGUGGCAUCACUGUGGCCAGUCUCAGCAGUGAGAGCUCUUCCCUUCCAGCAAUCAGCGUGUGUGCCUGUCACUUUCAAUCCUGGACACGUGUGAGUGAUAGGACAGGCCUGAACAGAAAGCAGUGGGUAGCCAGAGGCCAGGGUCGCCCAGCUCAGCCUCUGGCCACAUACUCUGUCAGAGGCCCGGCCGGCUGAGCCUGGACAGCUUCCACUUGUUGAUGGGGUGGGUUAGGGCGUCUUUAAGGAUACCCCUCCGCUGGACUCUGUGAAGUGUUGUCGUUGGAGAAGGAGAUAACUGUUUGCAAGGCUAAACUGAAAUCAUUUACAACUUUUCUACACAUAGAUUGUAGUCCUUUUUGUCUCCAAAACCUUAUGCUUUUGUAUUUUUUUAUUUUAAUUUCACUGUUACCCUUGACUGUUGUCUUUUUUAAUUGCAAUGUUGGAGAAGCGGGAGGUAUUCGUGCCUCAUCUAUUAUUGCAAAAAUGUAACAAUAAACUUCCUCAAAAUAAGA